UCCACUCGUUCCAUAAUGUCCAGCUGUGUCUCGUGUCUUUUACGGCCGAGGGGGGUGAGCCCUGCCUUAUCAGGAGCGCGAGCCCGUGCACCUGAACCAGGUGCGUCCGAGAGGACCUCACUUCCGGUGAACUUUGACUCAAGACUCGUCAUGGCUGCAGAAGAGUUGGAGAAACUUCAGGUGGUUUCGGACCUGACGAACCGAGCGUUGCAGGAAUAUGAGGAUCUGCAGAAGAAGAAGGAGACGGCGAUCUCCACGUGCCGGAGGCUGGAGGAGGAGAGAGACGAGGCUGUAAAGAAGCUGAAUGAAUUCCAGCAGGUGUCUCAGAUGGUCAUCGAGGAGGUUGGCGUGAUUCAGGAGAACCUGGAGAUCGAGAGGAUAUGCAGAGAAAGUGCGGAAGCUCUGGCCUCCAAGCUGAAGCGUCAGAACCGCUCUCUGAAGAGGAAGAGCAUGAUGAUGAUGUCCCACCUCAGCCCAGAGACCAUCACACAGAUCAGCCUGGCAGAUGAUGAAGAGGAGGCUGAAGACUUCCAGUCUUCCAGAGCUUGUGUUUCCUCCCUCUGCAACACCUUGAUCUCAGAGCUACAAAACAAGUUGGAAAAGACCGAAAAGGAGAAAAAUGAACUAAUCUGUGAGUUUGAGUCGGUAAAACAAGAACUGAAGGAAACCAAGGAGGAACUGAUGAAAGAAAAACACGACAACACAGUUUUAAUCUCUGAGAAAGUCCAACAAAAGAAGCUCCUGGAGAAAUACACCAGAGUCUCUCAGUUUGCUGUGGAGGAGUACGAAGCUUUGCAGGACACCUUACACCUGGAGAAGAACCUGAGGACGGAGGCAGAAACGUUUGCCAGAAACAUGCUGGUGGAGCAGAAGAAGCUGAAGAGGCAGAGUGAUAUCCUGAUGCAGAGCAGCUCGUCCAGUCUGGCUCUACAGGAAGCUCUGAGUCAGGUGGUCAGUCUGACCAACGACCUGGAGGUUGAGAGGCUGCAGCACCAGAACCAGAGGAGGCAGAUGGAAGAAAAACUACAGAGCUGCGAAGCUCAGAGGGAGCUAACCACACUAAGGCGUAAGCUGGAGCUUCUGGAGGAGGAGAGGACAGAGAGCACCAUCAGAUGUUUCAAAGCUGAACAGGAAGUCAGAGAUCUGCAUUUUACAGUGGAAGAACUCCAGAAGAAGCUGCAGACUGUUGCUAACCCACCUCCUGCUCCUGCACCUCCGCCACCACCUCCACCUCCCCCACCUCCUCCACCUUCAUCCUCCAACCCUCUCAGCGCGCUGCUGUCGCUCAUCAGGAAGAAAAAGGACGUCAGCGACGACGUCCAGCUGCUGGAAACGGACUCGACCAAACCUCCAGAGGUGGACAUCCGGCAGCUGGCUGUGGAUGAAAUGAUGCAAAGGAUAAAGAAAGGAGUUCAACUUCGACCCGUCGGCCAAUCGCCAACCAGAAGCAGGAGGAAGAUGGAGAGGCUGCCCUCUAAUUCCGCCUUUCAAGAACUUAAAGGCAUCAUGGUAAUGGGACUCACGAACGAACCCUGCUUCACUUCUCCAACUUUCUCUGUUUCCUGUCAGAAACAUUUAUUUCUGCUGGAAAAAGGAGAACUUCAACAGAAGCCGCCCUCAGCCUAAGCAGGUGUCUCUGUCCCGCGGUGGUGGUGAUGAUGAUGAUGAGCUACAGAAGAUCCUGCUAAGACGGAGAGAUGCCCUCCAGUCCCAACACAAACCCUGAUCAGCUGAUGGUUCCUCUGGAGAAAGGGCACCGAGCCCAGCCGAUAGUUGGUGUCCUGGUGCUGGUUUUGCUCCUCUGCACCACCGUGCUGCUUCCACACUGGAUCACAGAGACAGAAGAUCAAAUCUGGAAUCUUUCCGUUCAAAUGUGUUGAUUUGAUUCCUCUGAUGGGUAAAUUAGUCUGAAAGUGCUUUCCUUGUUAGAAAAAUGGAAAAAUCAGAACAGCUUUUCUGUGUGUGUGUGUGUGUGUGUGUGUGUGUGUGUGUGUGUGUGUGUGUGUGUGUGUGUGUGUGUGUGUGUGUGUGUGUGUGUGUGUGUGUGUGUGUGUGUGUGUGUGUGUGUGUGUGUGUGUGUGUGUGUGUGUGUGUGGUGUUACCGAGCACACACCACCUUUCAAGGCUCAUCCAGCUAUUUUUACAAGAGCCCAAUGAUUCGUUUGCUCUGUGAUAAACAGGGUCGUGAGUUUGAAACCUUGAGCUUUGCCCAAAUCAAAAUGAGUCUGAAUGUUUCUGUUCAGACCAGAGCCGGCCUUGUGGCUCCCAAAAGGCCAAUCACAGGCCGGGGUUUUCACGGCUGCUCUGAGUCACUGGCCGCUCUUUCAGAGAUGGGUUCUGCUCUGCUGAGUUCUUGUUAGGUUCUGCUUCCUGUUAAGUAAACACUUGUGGGACAACUUAGGGAGGAGAUGGAUACCAAAUACACCGCCUGGCCAAAAAAAGGCUCCACCUGGAUUUAACUACACAAACAGCUAAGAGUCUCCUACUGCAACAACUUAUUUAACCCAACUGGUGCCAUAAGCUGCUUCUCAUUUCCCAAACAGCCGUGUGGAAAGACACAUCUGGUGGUGGAAAAGAUGUUAGUGUGUGUGAUAAGGGUCCGAUCAUUGGCAUCAAGCAGAGAAAACAUCAAAGGAGGUGCAGAAACUGGGUUCAGAACUGUCCAACGCAUUAUUAAAACUGGUCUGAUGAGUCCAGAUGGACCCUGGUCCAGAGUGAUGGUGCAUCAGGGUCAGAAGAGAGGCAGAUGAAGUGAUGCACCCAUCAUGCCUAGUGCCUAUUGUACAAGCCUGUGGGGGCAGUGCUAUGAUCUGGGCUUGCUGCUGGUGGUUAGGUCUAGGUUCAGCAACAGGAUGUGCUCCAAGAAUGAGGUCAGCCGACUACCUGAAUAUCCUGUAUGACCAGGUUAUUCCAUCUUCCUGGAUCUUCAGUGCUUUGGUCAGCUGACAUGCUGUUUUUAAAUGCGCUAUAUAAAUAAAUUGGAUUGGAUCUUCCCUGAUGGCACGGCCAUAUUCCAAGUUGACAAUGCCAGGAUUCAUCGGGCUCAGAUGGUGAGAGACUGGUUCAGGGAGCAUGAGACAUCAUUUUCACACGUGGAUGGGCCACCACAGAGUCCAGACCUUAACCUCACUGAGAAUCUUUGGGAUGUUGGAGAAGGCUUUGUGUAGUGAAUGCAUGCUGUCAUCAGAGCUAAAGGUGGUCCAAUGAGUUUGAACCUUUGUUAGUGGAGACUUUUUUUGGCCAGUGUAAAUAAAGCUGUUGCAGUUUGUAAUUUAGUCCCACUUCUCUCGAACGUCUUAAAUUCAGUUUGAUUUCAACAGAUAAUUUGCAUCUUUUAAAUUUCCUCUUGUGUCUCCAGCAGUAGAAGGCCAGGGAUCCUGUUUUUAGAUUGUUUCCACUCCUGCUCGGUUACUCUGGUCUGAGUCAGUCCCUCCUGAAUUAUCAACUAUCUGAACUCUUGAGUGUUUUCCAGACUCACAGCUGAUAAAUCUGGUUACCGGCCCAAACACCAGCUUGUUGAUGUUUGCCCAUAUCUCUAAUUCAAUCAGACUCAUUUAGGUUUGAUCUGAUGUAAGAUCCACUGAUCAAUAUAAAAAAAUCAAAGUGAUUUCCCAGAGGAGAGAUGCUGAUAGCUUCUUCCUUUAACAUGUUUGAUGAUGAGCAGGACCAGCUGGAAAACUAAAUGUCAGCGGAACGUCCCAAUAAAGCAAUUUUCAAAAUAAAA